GUGGCAGGUUUUCUAUAUAAGCAGAUAUGGAGGCAUAGAUGUCAUCACUCAGGAAGCUGACGAUAUAAUCCUUCAAGGAACAAUGUUGAAGUCUCCGUCGGUGCUCAGGCCUGAGACUACUGUCCAAGCCCUAGCGCCAUCCCGGAAGCCCUUCGUCUCGGGCACCGGCGGCGCAUCCCCGGCCAUCUGGCUGAAGCCCGCGUUCUCCCGGAGGAGCAGGGGCUCUCGGGUUCGAUGCGUUCCGAGAACCAUCAAGGCCAUGGUAGCCACUGCCGCCGAGGAGCAGGCCACCAUUACCGUGAAAGGCGAGGUGACGGUGAACUUGACGGUCGGAGGGUUCUUGUCAAACCUGACUCUCAGCCGCGGGCUCGACGACAUAACUGAUCUGCUCGGCAAAUCGAUCCUCCUGGAGAUUGUCGGCGCAGAGCUUGAUCCCAAGACGGGAUUAGAGAAGAAACCAAUAAAGGCAUACGCGCAUCGGGUGAAGCAAGAGGAGAAUGAAGUGACGUAUGAAUGCGAGUUUGAAGUUCCACAGGAGUUCGGGGAGAUUGGGGCAGUGCUGGUGGAGAACGAGCACCACAAGGAGAUGUUUCUGAAGAAGAUAAGCUUUCAUGGCUACCCCGAUGGCCCCGUCAAUGUCACCUGCAAUUCAUGGGUUGCCUCCAAGUUUGAUAACCCUCAGAAGAGAGUUUUCUUCACUAACAAGUCAUACUUGCCAUUCGAUACACCAAGUGGGUUGAAGAAGAAAAGAGAGGAAGAACUCCAAAGUAUUCGAGGCAAUGGGGAAGGAGAGCGAAAGAAAUACGACAGGAUUUAUGAUUAUGACAUGUAUAAUGAUCUUGGUAAUCCAGAUAGCAAACCAGAACUCAAACGACCCCCGCUUGGCGGCAAAGAAUAUCCCUAUCCAAGGCGAUGUAGGACAGGUCGACCGCGCUGCAAGACAGAUCCCUUGUCGGAGACAAGGAGCAGCUCGGUUUACGUGCCAAGGGACGAGGCAUUUUCAGAGAUAAAAGAGCUAACGUUCUCAGCAAAGACUGUAUACUCAGUGCUUCAUGCACUUGUACCAUCGCUGACCACAGCCCUCUUAGACUCCAAACUCGGUUUCCCACACUUUAAGUCCAUAGAUGCAUUGUUUGAUGAAGGGAUUAACUUACCUCCUUCCAAACAAGGUUUUUUAAGGAAUAUCCUACCGAGGCUUGUCCGCUUUAUCAAGGAGACAGAGAACGAUUUGUUGCUCUUUGAGACCCCCCAAUUGAUGGAGAGAGACCAAUUUGCUUGGCUUACGGAUGAGACAUUUGCUCGUCAGACUCUUGCUGGUCUAAACCCUUGUAGCAUUCAAUUAGUCACCGAAUGGCCUUUGAAAAGCAAGCUUGACCCCAAAGUCUAUGGCCCCCCUGAAUGUGCUAUCACUAAAGAGUUGGUCGAGAGGGAGAUCAAAGGUUACAUGACAGUUGAAGAGGCCAUAAAACAGAAGAAGUUGUUUAUUCUCGACUAUCAUGACUUGUUGUUACCUUACGUGAACAAAGUAAGAGAAGAGGAAGGGACAACACUCUAUGGAUCAAGGACGUUGUUUUUCGUGACACAUCAAGGCACGUUAAGGCCAAUAGCCAUUGAGUUAACUCGGCCUCCCAAAGAUGGUAAGCCUCAAUGGAAGGAAGUGUUCACACCCUGCUGGGAUUCUACCGGACACUGGCUUUGGAGGCUGGCCAAAGUUCAUGUCCUUGCUCAUGACUCUGGUUAUCACCAGCUAGUUAGUCACUGGCUAAGAACUCACUGCGCCACAGAACCUUACAUAAUAGCCAGCAACAGGCAACUUAGCGCCAUGCACCCAAUUUACAGGCUAUUGCACCCUCAUUUUCGGUACACCAUGGAGAUCAAUGCCCUGGCUCGUGAAGCCCUUAUUAACGCAGGUGGCAUUAUCGAGAGUGGAUUCUCACCAGUCAAAUACUCCAUGGAGCUUAGUUCUGUUGCAUACGAUCUGCAAUGGCGGUUUGAUCACGAGGCACUCCCAGCGGAUUUAAUCAGCAGGGGAAUGGCCGUGGAGGAUCCAACUUCUCCACAUGGACUAAAGCUAACUAUUGAGGACUACCCCUUUGCAAGUGAUGGUCUACUUCUAUGGGGUGCAAUCAAAGAAUGGAUAACAAAAUAUGUGGGACACUAUUACCCAAACGCAAGUGCCGUUGAGUGUGAUGAAGAGCUUCAAGCCUGGUGGACUGAAAUUCGAACAGUUGGGCACGGGGACAAGAAGGACGAACCAUGGUGGCCAGUGCUGAAGACUCCGCAAGAUCUAAUAGGAAUUCUCACUACUAUUAUAUGGGUAGCCUCUGGUCAUCAUUCAGCUGUCAAUUUCGGCCAGUAUACAUAUGCAGGCUAUUUCCCAAAUAGGCCAACCAUUGCUAGGAACAAAAUGCCGAAUGAAGAUCCAACUGACGAAGAGUGGAACACUUUCAUGAACAAUCCCGGACUUACGCUCUUGCAAUGCUUUCCCAGUCAGGUUCAAGCUACGACAAUUAUGGCCAUCUUGGAUGUGUUAUCAAAUCAUUCUCCGGAUGAGGAGUAUAUUGGAGAGGAGUUGGAAGAUUCAUGGGCCGAAAAUCCAGUGAUAAAAGCAGCAUUCGAGGAGUUUCAUGGGGAGUUAAUAAAGAUUGAAGGGGUAAUUGAUGCUAGGAAUUUGGAUAAGAACUUAAAGAAUAGAUGCGGAGCCGGGAUGGUGCCAUACGAGCUAUUGAAGCCAUAUUCGAAGCCUGGAGUGACGGGAAAGGGUGUUCCAAACAGCAUCUCAAUCUAAAGAAGUGAGUUUAUUUUGCGUAUUUGAGCACCCAUGGUAAUAGAAGUAAGAAAUGUUUCAACCAAUCAUCCAUAUGGUGUUUUCACUAGCGCUUGAACAAAUUUGUAUUUCGUCCAGAUGUUUCAACCGAUCAUCCAUAUGGUGUUAAUAUUUAGAAACAAUUCCCUAGGAACAACGAAUCUAAUAAAUAAAGCCUGAAAUAAUGGCUGAUUAUGAACACAA